AUGGCCGGGGCUGCCGGUUCGGACACUUCCAGGUCGCAGGCUCUCGCCGACCUCCCAAUUUUCUCCGGGAUCUUGUGGAGCAGAGUGGUGAACGACCCCUGGGCACUCGGGGGAGCGAACAUCGAAGGCAACACCGGCUACAAACCUCCUGUAAAGCAGGAUGGAGCGCGGCUGCUAGCUGUUUCAGUUUCAGAGGGGGUGGAGUCUGGAAUUGUCGCUGAUAUUGAUGUCGACUGUUUGAUUCCUACAGACAGCGACACUUUCUACAAGAUCAAGAGUCAGCCAAUCAGCAUCAGCUCAUCGGCAGCGGUUUCCUCUUCAUCGUCAUCAUCUUCACUUCCGUCAGUCAUGUCAUCCAGGGUUCUUUUGCGUCAGGAUCUGAUGCGUCAGCAGGCUCUGGAGGAGGAGCAGAAGGAGGCACAGCAGCAGCAUCGCUCCUCCUUGGACUCCUCUUCACCCAUCUGUGUGUCAGUGUCCUCCUCCUCCUCCUCCUGCAAACCUGCUGAGGUUCCUGUUGAGGUUCUGAAGGUGCAAACUCACCUUGAGAACCCCACCAAAUACCACAUCCAGCAGGCUCAGAGACAGCAGGUUCGUCAGUACCUGUCCAAUACCAGGACAACCAGUCAGCAGCCAUCUGCGUCUGUGAAGCCAAGCCACGCCCCCAAGCUUGGCUCCACCCUCAGACAGCCAAUGGACAGCAACUCCAAAAACAAACUGCCGGUGUCGGGGAACCUGCUGGACGUGCAUGGAGGGAUGUCCACACCCACCGUUGUGGUUAGCAACAGCUGUCCGGCUGACCUGCAUGUUGUGAAGAGAGAGCAGAGCGAUGUGGAGACCAAAGCACUGAUAAAGGAGAGACAAAAGAAGGACAACCACAACCUGAUCGAGAGGAGGAGACGCUUCAACAUUAACGACCGCAUUAAAGAACUUGGAGUGCUGAUUCCCAAGUCCUCCGACCCAGAAACAAGGUGGAACAAAGGAACCAUCCUGAAGGCCUCGGUGGAUUAUAUCCGCAAACUGCAGAAAGAACAACAGAGAGCCAGAGACAUGGAGGACAGACAGAGGAGACUGGAGAACACCAACCGCUCACUGCUACUACGUAUACAGGAGUUGGAGAUCCAGGCUCGCCUGAGUGGUGUCUCGUCUUCCUCCUCGUCGCCACACACGUCCUCCCUCUCUCCGUCUCCAUCUGUGGAUCCACACACUCUGCUGUCUCACCCCUCUCUGAGCUUCAUGGAGCUGGACGAGCCCCAGGCGGCCUCCAUCGUCUUCUCCCCGGACCUGAUGUCUGACAUGGGGUUGACGGAAUUGGACGGCCUGGGGGUGCUCCUGACAGAGGAGGAGUCUGGGAGGGUGACGGUGUCCGACCCGCUGCUAUCCUGUGGAGCCUCAAAGACCAGCAGCCGGAGGAGCAGUUUUAGUAUGGAUGAAGACGUAUGAGGACCUCACUGUACUCUGGGCUCUGAUUGGCUGAAGCAGUGGGCGGGAUCAGCAAGGACACUUUAAAAAAACUUCCAGAAUCGUUUUAAUAUGGAACAGACUGUGUAACUAUGGUAACCACUGUCUAUCUCCUCACAGAGUUUCCAUGGUAACCGUACGCCCAGUGGUUACCGUGGUAAUCACCUGUCCAGCAGGGGCUCACCUAUUCCAGGUGUGUCUCUGUGCUGAGUUUUAUAGUCCCUGUGCUGGAAACCUUUCCUGAGAACUGGUCGUACCCGGUUCAGGAUUUGAUACAGUUCUGUUUCUGAAUCAUCAUUUUAUUU